GACGUCCUCCCCAUCUUCCAGAAACUCAGCCGCUUCUUCCAGAUCGAGGACUUUGACCUCUCCAUCCUGAAGCCCAUCGUCUCCUCCACGGCCACCACCCUGCAGGCCCAGAAGAGCACCAGCGGCCAGAACCUCCAGGAGUUCCUCAACGAGAUGAACGAGCACCCGCGGGAUGACCGGGAGGGCGAGAGCCGCCUCUACUACAAGGGUGUCGACAACUGCUCCCAGGUGCACCUGAAGCACUUUGAGCACCUGAAGGAGAGCUACCUGGAGAGCAUGCGGGGCAGCCUGCUGGACAGGUUCCCCGGCAGCGUCCUGGAGGCCAUCAGCUCCUUCUCGGCCAUCUUCAACCCCAAGUGCUACCCUCAGUCCCUGGAGGACAUUGCCAGCUACGGGGUGAGCGAGCUGAAUUUCCUGCUGCAGGCGUACUCCCGCGUGGUGGUGAGCGAGAGGGCCCGGAGCGACUUCCCCCUCUUCAAGCGCAUCGUCUUCAGCCUCGGCCAGCUCUCCUUCAAGGACCUCUGCGUCAAGCUGGUCUACAGCAACUCCGAGAUGCACGAGCUCUUCCCGGACUUCGCCGUCCUCGCGGCCAUCGCCCUGGCCUUGCCGCUGGGCUCGGUCCUUGCCGAGAAGAUCAGCCGGGGCCGGGAGCUGCUGAAGCGCGGCCACGAGGGGCUCUCCGACCUCAUGAAAAUCGCCAUCGACGGGCCGGCCAUCCACGAGUUUGACUUUGCGUUGGCCGUCGAGUACUACGAGAGCAUGAGGGAGCCCGGCUUCAUCGUGGCGCAG